AUGCCCGACUGGUGGUGGUUGAUCCUAGCAGCACUUUUCGGUGCUGCAUCAGCGCUGGCUGUUCCAAUUGCGUUGUUCCUGUACUUCAUUCGGCCUUUUGAAAAGGCGCCGCCGGCGAAUGAAGACUUUAGCAUACCGAUUACAAUACCUCCAGAAAUCCUAAAUGAACUUACCCGGGGCGCCGGAAGUACAUCGGAAGGAGCGCUAAAUGGAAUGCUUCAGUUCAUAUUUCAGCAGAGCACAGCUGACACAAGAUGGCUCAGGCGACGUAUGGCCACCGAGUUGGCUGAAUUACUCGCUAAGACUUCUUCGGGGAAGAUAUUUGAAUCUCUUACAUUACGUUCGCUAGAAGUAGGAACCGAAUUCCCAAGUAUUACAAAUCUUCGCAUUGUGAGUGGAGAAUUAGAGGAAGACGGGGCGAGACUACGGUCUUUGGACUUAAGACUGGAUUUAGCGUAUGACGGAAACUUUAGGAUUGAAGUUGACGCUGUUAUGCUUCUGGGAAAAAUUGCAAACAUAUCUAUAACUGUUGAAAGUAUCAGCGGCACCGUUCGCGUCAUGUUUCGUCGGACGCCCUACACCCAUUGGGCGCUGGCUUUCGAAUCCCAACCGAAGCUGGAGCUUCGAGUCCGAGGUCGUUUUCAAGGGAGACAGUUGAAGCCUCGCUUGGCAGCCCUGGUGGCAGCCCAUAUACGGAGGGCUGUUGCCCAGAGACAUACACUUCCUAAUUACAAGAUACGGUACAAACCAUUCUUCCCGAAGUCCGAUCCGGGUAGUACAGAAGGCGAGGAUGGGCCAACACCACAUGGACGUCUUACAGUGAGACUGGUGGAAGUCAGUCGUCUUCACUGGACCGGGAACAAUGGUGUUGUACGAGCUGCUCUAGCCGUGGAUUCACAUGCUUGGGUGUCCCUAAGACGUGGAAUACUAGUACUAGAUGUAGUACUGCCAGCUGUCUCUGGGCCUCUGGGACUAGUCUGUUGUCAAGGUGUGGGCGUGGUGCUAGUGGAUACUGUGGUACCGAUGUCACCAGCGUAUCGAGCUGAUCUAAGACGAGACGACGUAGUUCUCGCUAUAGACAACAAACCUGUCACCAAUGUUGCCCAGGUUGGCAAACUCCUAAGAAGUGUAGAACGCAGAGCAGUUACCGUAAGAGUCCGUCGUGGAGGCGCAGGAGGUGCAACUAGAAGAGAUGAUGAGCCCAAACGUCUUCGGACCAACUUCUCCUUCCGUAGGGUCUCUGAAGUCAUGGAAGGAGUAAGACUACAGGGCAUGCGGUCUGCAACGUCUAAGAAUAAUGUUCAAGAAUCAGAAUCACCCGCAAAGCCAGUAGAACCACAAAACGACAUCGAAUCCCAAGGAAAACAGAAAGUAGAGUUAACCCGCCAAUUAACCAAAUCCACAGACUCUAUAGGCCCAGCCAACUUCGGUUUAAGAAAACGUCGAUGUUCCGUAGAAAACAAAUCCUCCGAUAGUUCGGCUGGUAGUACACCACCUGCGUCCGGAGCAAGCACACCGCUGCGACAGAUAACAACAAACAAAACAGUCAAGCACCCAGACAUACCAAUAAUACGAACCGAUUCCUCAGAAUGCAAAAUAACAGAACGAGAAAUCACUACGGAAGAAGAUGAACAGGUAUUCGAAGCCGGUGGGCCAAGACAGAGCGAACACGUGGAAAUAUGCCAAAUGUUUUGGACCAAAAGCGUCCAGCUUAAGCCAAUUAUUCACUUCGAUGAAGAAACUGACUUCAAAUUGAACGAGAAUCACAAAUACUUAAAUAUCAAUGUGUUGGUAACAGUUCCGGGGGAGAAGGAGGAAGUGUUAUUAGGUUAUCUUAAUAUCCCGUUGGCAGCUUUGCUGUCUGAAUGCCAAGAUUCGACAGUUCCUCAUCAUAUGAAACGGUAUCAAUUUCUACCACCGGAUGUUGAUAUUAAGUUUAGCAAGAGCCACAACCUAGCGUCACACGCUGGCUUUGAGCCGUGUCUGUGUUUUGGAGACGCCUUGGUUUGGUGGGAAUGGGAGGGUGUCGGUGGUAGUAGAAGUGCACCACGUCCCGCAUCCAAGGGGACACCACCCCGCACACAAACACCGGCUGUGACGUCACACGACUUUGUACGCACACACUUCCAUAGGUCAACGCAAUGCGACUUCUGCAAUAAAAAAGAUGCAAUGCAAUGUCGGAACUGUGGACUCUGCUGUCACAAGAAAUGCGUAGCGAAGUGUCAAGAAUCAUCUCCGUGCAUACCGAAGCAAAAUCGAGAAUCAUCCACAAGUUCUAGCUGCCAACCCCCCGAGUUAAUUAUGACCGAAGUUGACGUGGACCCAGACUCCGAAGAUGAAGAGAAAGGUGAAAGGAAGGACUCGCUUGACGUGCACGAUGAAGCCGGUGGAGCAAUGAGUGCGCUGGUUGCAGGACUCCGGCGUGCUGGUUCCGCUCACUCCCUCUGCGUUUCCAGAAGCAAUUCCUCAUCUAGGUCAUUACCGCCUUCUCCAAGUCAUACUCCCAGGAAGCAGUCCCUAGAAUCGGCGAACCCGUUCAGCACAUGCGGCUCGACGUGGCUGGAGCAGGGCGGGGUCGGGGCGAUGCUGUACCCGGUACUUCGGAGCGCGCUUCCACCAGACGCACUCCUCGCAGCCGCAAGGGACUCCGCGCCUGAUCUCGCCGCUAAACUAUCUGCUGCACAAAUACAUGACAUGCUGCAAGCGGUUCGUGAAGAAUUAUCAGCGUCGGACGCGAGCGGUGAGGAGGGCGGAGAAGGCCGCGCUUGCGCACUCACCGCCCUAAUGCUGCACUGCUGCGCCGCUGCACAACUUGCACAACAACGUGUUGCCGAGACUUCUUAA